AUGUCUAUUUUUUCAUCUUUGGUAAAAAAUAUUCAUGAAAAACUAAACUGUGAUAUUAGCUAUAUGGAUGAAAUUUACAAUAAUGAAAAACUAAUAUGUUUGGAUGUAAUCAAAGAGAUAUUGGAGAAUAAUACUUUCAAUGCGAAAGAAUAUAUGACUAAAUAUACGAUCUUUCACCAUUUUGUGGCAUCCUAUAGCUCUACUAAAAGAGAUACUGAACAAUAUCAUAGUGUACUCUAUAAAGAUAUAGAGGUGGCAAUCGAAGACUAUCUCAAGAUGGCAAUAGCCGAGCAACUUUCUUUUGAACAUUUACGCAGUGGUGGCGGCGGCGGCGGCGGUAGAAGAAAUGUUAGCACUAACACCAACACCAACACGACUACUACUACUACUACAGAUGCCGAUAUAGAUAUAGAUAUAGAUAGAAUAGCAUUCAAUUCAUUCCCCAUUGUGAUUGCUGGCUAUCGAAUUUUCAAAAGAGUAAUCAUUGAGUCGCUCACUGUACAAUCUAUCAUCUAUGAUAGUCAUCGAAAUAAUAUUGAAAGUAAUCUUGAAACUCUAUCUUUAAUCUUACAAGAGAUUAGUUAA